GACAAACUUAGUACUACAGAAACGGUGAAUAUGGGAACUUUAGCAAUAUCAUCUCUGAAUUUGAACCCAUCAACAUAUGCCAUCGUUACUUUGAUUGCGACGGUGCUGAUAUGGUGGUUCUGGAAUGCACUCAACUGGGUGUGGCUGAGACCGAAGAGAAUAGAGAGACGUCUGAAGGAGCAGGGUAUCCUAGGCAAUUCCUACCGUCCCUUCAUCGGAGAUAUCAGAGAUAUGGUUAAAAUGAUCAAGGAAGUCAAAUCCAAACCCAUGGAUCCUCACUCUAAUGACAUCGCACCUCGUGUGUUGCCUUAUGUAGUUCACACCAUCGCUAAAUAUGGUAAGAAUUCAUUUAUGUGGCUUGGACCAAGACCAAGGCUAUUCGUCUUGGAUCCAGAAAAGUUCAAAGAAAUGGCUACAAAAGUCUAUGACUUUCAAAAGCCCGACACAAGUCCACUUUUCAAGCUCCUGGCUUCAGGAUUUGCAAAUUAUGACGGUGACAAGUGGGCUAAACACAGAAAGAUAGUGAGUCCGGCAUUCAAUGUAGAGAAAUUGAAGAUUUUAGUACCGAUAUUUUGCGAGAGUUGUGAUGAGAUGAUUAGGCAAUUGGAGAGUGCGUUAUCUUCGUCCAAUGGGUCGUCUGAGUUAGAUUUAUGGCCUUUCGUCCAAAACGUGUCAAGCGAUGUCCUUGCUCGUGCAGGCUUUGGAAGCAGCUAUCAAGAAGGAAAGAAAGUAUUCGAACUUCAAAGGGAAAUGCUUCAACUUACUAUGACGCUUUUUAAGUUUGCUUUCAUUCCAGGUUACAGGUUUCUGCCAACGCAUACCAAUAGGAGGAUGAAAGCAAUUGACAACGAAAUAAGAGCAUCACUUAUGGGAAUCAUCAACCGAAGAUUGAAAGCAAUGGAAGCUGGGGAGCCUACAAACAAUGACUUGUUGGGCAUACUCUUGGAGUCAAAUUACAAAGAAACUGAAAAAGGUAGUGGUGGAGGAAUGAGUCUAAGAGAAGUAGUUGAAGAAGUGAAGUUAUUUUACUUGGCAGGGCAGGAAGCAAAUGCAGAGUUAUUGGUCUGGACUCUGUUAUUAUUAAGCAAGCAUCCUGAUUGGCAAGCAAAGGCCAGGGAAGAGGUUUUGCAGGUCUUCGGUAAUGAAAAACCAGAUUAUGAAAGGCUUGGACAGCUUAAAGUUGUGUCAAUGAUUCUACAGGAGAGUCUGAGAUUAUAUCCACCUGUGGUUAUGUUCGCUCGGUAUCUUCGUAAAGAUACAAAACUUGGAGAGUGGACAAUUCCUGCAGGAGUGGAGCUUAUAGUGCCUGUGUCAAUACUACAUCAUGAAAAGGAGUAUUGGGGCGAUGAUGCAGGAGAGUUCAAUCCGGAAAGAUUCUCAGAAGGUGUUUCAAAGGCAACGAAAGGGAAGCUUUCAUACUUGCCAUUUGGAUGGGGUCCUCGACUCUGUAUAGGACAAAACUUUGGUCUGUUAGAAGCAAAAGUAGCAGUGUCAAUGAUCCUGCAGCGUUUCUCCCUCCAGUUUUCUCCUUCUUAUACUCAUGCUCCCUCCUUUAUUAUUACUCUGCAGCCUGAGCGUGGUGCUCAUAUCAUUUUACACAAACUCUAGAAUGCACCUAUUGCCAAGUAGAGAAGUGUUUUUGAGAGCUUUUUCAGUGGAGAAACUAUCAAACAUUUUUACUUUCCAUCCAAACAGACCUUUUAGUUGUUAGUAAUAAAUAAAUAAAGCAAAUUAGGCUUCUUUGAAGCUUGCCUGCUUUCUUAAGGAGCAUGUGAUGUUACUUAGCCAUUUCUGGUAGUUUUUUUAUUUUUUUGCUGAGAGAUGAGAAAUAUGAAUCUUUAAUUAAAAUCUAUUUUAAGAUCAAGUCAUGAUUGUUAGAUUCAAGAUAGUUAGUAUUUCACAAUGUGAUUCAGAGGUUUUGUGAUAAAUAUUAUGAUUAU